ACGUAAGUUAUUUGCCGCGCAGUGAUGAUGGCGGUGCGUGAACGCGCAGCAAAAGUAAUGGCUGCUCUGGAUCGGCGGGUGCCUAGCCUCGAUGAUUUCGUGGGUCAGAGCUGGACUGCCUGGGCUGACUGGGUCGGCGUGACAGCGGUGGACGGGCCUGAGGUGGAUGACUGCAGCAAGAAUGGCAAAAAGGGUGCAGAGGCAAUGUCGCUCAGUAAGGAGGACAUGUCCAUCUUUGGCCUCUAUCCUGGCCACGAUGACUUCUACUUGGUGGUGUGCAGCCACUGUGGCCAAGUUGUGAAGCCUCAGGCAUUUGAGAAGCAUUGUGAGAGGCGACAUGGCCCAUUGGCCAAGCUGUACAGCCGACUACGCUCCCCCACACCUGCACCUCAGCCCCAGAGGCCCCAACAUGGCCACUCUCCUUCUCAUGGGACCAACACUGCUUCUGCUUCAACGUGGGAGGGUCGAGGGCCGGGGUUCGGGCAGCUACGGGCAGCCCCACCUUCUCCUUCCACGCCACCUCAGUACAGACACUCCAAGAACUCAAAGGAAGGAGUUCGACAUUCCCCACUGGAGAAGUCCUCCCACAGCAGCCACACAGAGUCCGUGUUCAAGCAGCCGCCGCCUCUGGAGCCCCAGUUAAUGUCUCCGCCUCCAUCGCUCAGAGAUCCCCCGUGGCCACACGGAGGCACUUCAGCCACUAGGGCCUCCCCCAGUGAGAGACACCCCACUCAGAGGAAGGACUCCACUCAGCCGUCUGUGGUGACGGGCCACCGGAUCCCCAGACCCUACAAUAAAGUGGCAUCCAAGAGAGAGUGUGACCUGGACAAACACUGCGGCGUCCUCGACCCAGACAGGAAGCGGGUCUGCACUCGCCUGUUGACGUGCAAUAUCCAUUCCAUCCACCAGCGGAGGAAGGUGGUGGGCCGCAGCAGGAACUUUGACCAAUUGGUGGCAGAGCUAAAGACCAAGGUUCGAGAGAAGGGGGCCCAGGCCCUGGAGGGAGGCUCCACCACUGGAGGCUCUCCCAGCCCCGAGACCCCCAGAGAGCAGGCUGGUGUUCCACACUGUAGGAGGCCUCUGGCCAGCCUCCCUGCUUUCAGUAGAUCUACGGCGGUGAUGGAGUGCAGCCCGGAGGAGGAGAAGCAGCGGCAGGAUGAGGCCUGUCUCCGAACCCCCUCUCCUCUCGUCCAUGGACACAUCUCCAGUGAUGACAGUGAGGCAGAAGGACCAGAGGACAUCUCUGAGAUCUCAUCUUCAGCUGCACAUCCCAGACCGGCAGUGGUGUGUUCGUUCGGCAGCCACUCGCUCGGCCACGGCAUCUACACCUUUGACCGGAGACUGCACCACCUGAGGUCGGCUCUCAGCAGCAUGCUGGAGCAGCACAUCAGCGCCCACCUCUGGAAGAAAAUACCUCAAGCCGCAGACCUUCAGUCUCCACCUCCUACAGCCAAGGCCAUCACAUCUACGUCUCCUGCCUCCAUGGCCACAGCAUCCUCCUCUACAUUACAUCCCAAGGUCCGCACAGGAAGUCACAUCAGCUUCUCCCUGAAGAAUGCAUCUUUGUCCUCCUCUUCUUGUCGUGGCCCUGGGAGGCCAACCUCAGCCAUCCAAGUGGAGAACAGCGGCGGUGGUCACCUGCCGUCUCUGGGGAAGCCAGGUGCGGUGCAUCCGGCGGCCUCAAGGAGACCCAAGAAUCCGGUGGGUCGCCCAAGCAAACACAUGCUGAAGCUGCGAGAGGAGGCUGCCACCGCCGCUGCCCUCCGUAAGCGGAAGGCCCCCUCCCAGGAAGGAGAGCACUCUGGCCCCGACAGGAACUGCAUCAUCCUCCAGGACCGGGGCCGCCCACCCUCCACCGGCUCCUCCUCUUCCUGCUCCUCCUCGUCAUCAUCUUCCAAAACCCCCGCUCCCUCGCUUCUCCCACACGGACAGACCAAUGGCACUCUCUCCCCCAGCAGGAAACCCCGCCCCCAACCUUUGCCCUUAGAGUCCCAUUCACCUGCUGCUAAGGCAGUGUGGACAUACAGGAGGACACACCCCCCUCUGGCCCAUUCCUCCCCCCCAGACCCAUCCUCUGCCACAAACUCCCACAUCCGUCCCAGUGGGGGGGACUUAGGACUGCAUGGGCAGGGCAGUGGGAGGGUCUUCGAACACCAGGGACUGAUGAAAAAACGCAAGGGGGUAGGGAUGGAGGAGCAUUCCCCCUCAUCCAAACCCUCAGCACAGCGCCUACCUUCCUCAUCCUCUUCCAGCUCUGCCGCCUCCUCCUCUCCACGCUCUAACUUCUACACCUGGAAAGACAGUAAAGGUGGGGGGCUGGCGGGGGGUGUGGAGAAGAAACUGGGCACACAGAAGCCAAAACUGCACCACUGAGUGUGCUUGCCUUACAAGCCACCAUGAGGAAGCCAGAGCUGCUCAGUCCUCGAAGCUACACGACUCCGAUAUGUGUGUGUUCAUCUGUCUGGCCGAGUAUGAAUGUGUGUGUGGUUGGGUUUGUGUGGAUGCUGAGCAGAUCUGUGGAGUGUUAUGUGGGUCUGAAUGAAUGUCUGAGGGAGAACUGGAAGAAGGGCGGGUGGGACAAUAUUCAGAGUAUGGAUUUAGAAAUACCUCAAGACCAUCUGGUUAUGCUGCUAAAUUGAAUAUGUUU